AUGGCUUUGCGAGUAUUUCGAAGAUUCUUUGGGAGCAAAUUUUUCCCACUAAUUAGCUCUAGUGACUCCGAAAGUGAAAUUGAGCCUCCAGUUACAAACCUUGAGCAACUAUCUGAAAAUGUGCUGAAAUUGGAUAAACCUUUUGUUGACCACAUUACUAUUAAAGUUCAGUCAGGAAGAGGUGGAGAUGGCUGCUAUGCACUUUAUAAGCCAAGAGGGAGCAGAGGAAAAUUUCCAUGUGGAGGAAAUGGAGGAAGAGGAGGCGAUGUUUAUAUAGAAUCUCUCAGAGAUAUAAAAACACUUAGGCUUCCUAAAGAAUUCAGGGCUGAAGAUGGACAGAAUGGACAAGGCGCUGAUUGCCACGGAAAAAAAGGAGAAUGUGUCACAAUAAAGGUCCCAAUCGGUACUUUGGUAAAAGAAGUAAAUCCUCUAGGCCAGCAUCGAACUAUUGGGAAUUUUGAUAAGCCUGACAAAAUUCUAGUAGCCAAAGGUGGACUUGGAGGAAAAGGAAAUAAAGAUUUCCCAUCAGUCACUGAAAAAGAAAGCGGCGGCCAGUGUCAGAAAAAAGUGCUUUCACUUGAACUUAAAUUAAUUGCAGAUGUAGGGUUGGUUGGAUUUCCCAAUGCAGGGAAGACUUCUUUGCUUGCAUCUCUUACAAGGGCUUGUCCAAAAAUAGCUUCAUACCCAUUUACAACCCUUCACCCAUAUGUAGGAAAGGUUUCUUCACACAACGCUUACUUCACGACGACGAUUUUUUGCCUAUAUUUUAGGCCUAUUUUUUACCUAUUUUUAGGCUGUUUUUCAACUCUUUUUAAUUAUUUUGUUCACCUAUUAUUUUAACGCUAAAAAUUUUCUGCCAAAAAAGAUUGAAAGUUGCAAAAUAAAGAAAUAAAUAAAUAAGCAAAACAAAUUAUAAAAAUCUAUAAAAAAUAUACACGUGAGAAAAAUUGUUACUGGUUGACCCAAAAAAGUAUCUUAUAUCUUCUAGAAAUAUGAAGCAUUUUGAAUAGGAUACUGAAUAGCCAGUAAAAAUGUUUACGUAUAUAAUUUGCAUAAAUAAAUAAAAUAGGCCAAAAAAACAAUCGUUGUCGUGGAGUAAAAUCACUGUAGGAAAUCUUGAGUUUAUUGAUGGAUCUCGAAUCAGUAUAGCUGACAUGCCAGGUUUGAUUGAAGGCGCGAGCGAGAACAAAGGUCUUGGCCAUGAAUUUUUAAAGCAUAUCCAAAGGACAAAGAUGCUGAUUUAUGUGCUAGAUAUUACACAGGAUCCUGGAAACACUCUUGUUACACUGUAUAGUGAGCUGAAACUUUAUGACGAAAAAUUAGUCAAGAAGCCUUGUUUGAUUAUUUUGAAUAAAGUUGAUCUUGUAGACAACAAAGACGAGCUCACUGCUUUUGAGCAACAGCUAGGGAGAAAAGUAUAGUAAAUUAGCCUGAAUUUGGUGCUAGAAAUAAUAAUUUUAUAUAUUUAAUUAUGUAUUAAUUUAUCACAAAAAGCAUAACUAAAGUAAGUGCGAAGUAUGGUACUGGACUUGGAGAGCUUGUAAGUGAAAUCAAUGACAAAAUUCUCGCUUACCAAGAAGCUGUAAAAGAGUUAAAUGGCAAUAUUUUAAGACAAACACAACUUUAA